AUGCCAUCCAUCGGCUUGGGCUUGUGGCUUAUCCUGAUUUGGCAGAAAGGUUGGACACCACUGCACUGGACCUGCUUCAAGGGUCAUAUUGACGUUGUGCGGGUGCUGCUGGGUCACAACAACGUUGAUGUGAAUGCCAAGACUGAUGAUGACUACACCCCUCUGCACUGGGCCUGCAUCCAUGAUCAUGCGGACGUUGUACGAGAGCUGUUGAAACACGACAAGAUUAAUGUCAACAUCAAGGACAAGGAUGGCUGGACUCCACUGCACGAGGCCUGCUGUGCCGGUCAUGCUGAUGUUGUACAAGAGUUGCUGGGCCACGACAAGGUUGAUGUGACCAUCACGGACAGGAAGUACCAAACUGCGCUGAAACUAGCCCGUGCCGAGGGGCAUGCGGCCGAGAUUGAGCCUCUCUUUGCUGCACGCGAGCAACGACUCGGCGCAAGCACCGCUGCGCCAUCGUCGCAGCCACCUGCCUCCAAACCUGCUGCGACCACGCCGCCGUCGGACGCCGCCCGCCGCCCUCCUGAGCCACGCGCCCAGAGCAGCAGCAGCAGUGCACCUGCACCUGCACCUUCACGGGCAACUGCGGUGCGUGCGCCGCCAUCUCAUGGACCAGAUAUCUUCAUAUCGCUGCGCUUCGGCGAGACGCUUCCGGCAGGCCAGGCCCUGAAAGCUCGACUCGAGGCGAGUGGCCUUCGGGUCUUCCUCUGUGCCGUGCAGGCCGGCGGUGACCUCGUUGAUGAAAUUGUGCAAAACAUCGAUCAGUGUCGGCUGGUGGUGGUCAUGGGAUCCCGGACCUAUGGCAAGGACACCGGCGUGGGUUUUUGCACGGCAGACGAGCUCAAGUUUAUCAUGAGCGAGCAGAAAGAGGUGUUUUUGGUGAAAAUGUGCGAUCGGUUUGAGGAGGCGCUCGCGCGCUUCCGACUGGGCUCCAACGUGAUGUACCACGCCUGGAUGCCGACGACCAACGUCGAGCAGCGACACGUGCCAGAUGCCCUCAGCGCCCCUCCUUACCUGUUAUAUUUUUGUCUGACAUUGCAUUAUUCUCUGUGCUGUUUGUGCCCUCUCUCUCUCUUUUUCUCGACCCAUCUCUAUCUCUCUCUCUCUCUCUCUCUCUCUCUCUCUCUCUCUCUUCUCUCUCUUCUCUCUCUCUCUCUCUCUCUCUCUCUCUCUCUUCAACUCUCUAAAAUUCUCUCUUUCUCUCUAAAACUCCUCAAACUCUUUCUUCAACUCUCUCUCUCUCUCUCUCUCUCUCUCUCUCUCACACAAUCUCUCUCUCUUAAACUCUUCUCUCUCUCUUAA